AUGCGGCAAGGAACAGGGGUCAGCGGCAGAGAGGCAGGCUCUGACUGCGCCAGCCGCGGCAAGGUCUGUGCGCGAGACGCGAGACACGGGCACCCGGGCAGGCGGUGGCGCGAGCCUCCCCCACUCCCUGCUCGCACGCGCCGGCUGGGUCUCUGCUGCACAGCCAGGAGGCGAAGCAAGCAAGCAGCCCAGCGCCUGGGGAAGAUGGAAGGAGCCUCCUUUGGAGCGGGCAGGGCAGGGGGGACCGUUGACCCUGUGGAUUUCCUCAAGCAGCCUCAGACCAUUCUCAGGAUAGUGUCCUGGGUCUUCUCCAUCGUGGUGUUCGGCUCCAUCAUCAACGAGGGCUACGUCAACGAUGGCACGGAGGCGGAACUCAGGUGCGUCUUCAAAGAGAACGAGGAUGCCUGCAACUAUGGCAUCGCCAUCGGCAUCAUUGCCUUCUUUGUCUGCAUCUUCUUCUUCAUCGUCGACCUCUACUUCCAGCAGAUCAGCAGCGUGAAGGACCGGAAACGGGUUGUCCUGCUGGACCUGGGGUUUUCAGGUUUGUGGUCCUUCCUGUGGUUCGUAGCUUUCUGCUUCCUGGCCAACCAGUGGCAGCACACACCAGUCAGCAAAGGGGUGUCUCAAGGAGCUGAUGCUGCCCGGGCAGCCAUCGCCUUCUCAUUCUUCUCCAUCCUCUCCUGGGUUGCCCUGACGGUGAUGGCCAUGCAGAGAUACCACCUGGGGACUGACAUGUCUCUCUUUGCCACGGAUCAGUUUGCCACUGACCCCAAUACAGGAUACCCAGGAUACCCCACUGGCAGCGGCAUUGAAAGCACGGAAACCUAUCAGAGCCCACCAUUUUCUGAGACCUUAGACACCAGUCCAAAAGGUUACCAGGUGCCAACUUACUAAAGGACGGCGGGCUCAGCACGGUCAUGUAAAAAUAGACGAAGUCUCCUCAUGGUGCAGUACAGUUAACUGGUUGAUUGCAAGUGUAUUAAGUACCAUUUCCUUAAUGUGGCAAGUCAGUGCUGGGUAACUUACUAUUAGCUAGUUGUGCAGUAAAUUCUGUACAGUAGUAUUGGUUCUUGUCUUACCUAAGGGUUUU